AUGGCUGAAGUUAACAUCACUCAUGUUACUGAAUUUAUUCUCAAGGGAAUUACGGACCGGCCAGAGCUGCAGGCCCCGUGCUUUGUGGUGUUUUUAGUCAUCUAUCUGGUCACAGUGCUAGGUAACCUUGGACUGAUAACCUUAAUCAGGAUUGAUGCUCGACUCCACACCCCUAUGUAUUAUUUCCUCAGUCACUUGGCCUUUGUUGACCUUUGUUACUCGUCUGCUAUCACGCCGAAGAUGAUGGUGAACUUCGUUGUGGAAUAUAACACUAUUCCUUUCCACGCGUGUGCAAUACAACUGGGUUGUUUUCUCACCUUCAUGAUCACUGAGUGUUUCCUUUUAGCUUCCAUGGCCUAUGAUCGCUACGUAGCGAUCUGUAGUCCCCUGCAUUAUUCAACCGUGAUGUCAAAAAGAGUGUGUGUUCAACUGGUGGCAGUUCCAUACAUAUACAGCUUUCUGGUUGCUCUGUUCCACACCAUUAUCACCUUCCGGCUAACUUACUGUGGCCCCAAUGUCAUUAACCAUUUCUACUGUGAUGACAUCCCCCUCUUGGCUCUGUCCUGCUCAGACACACACGUGAAGGAGAUUCUGAUCUUCGCCUUUGCUGGCUUUGACAUGAUCUGUUCUUCUUCCAUUGUCCUCACCUCCUACAUCUUUAUCGUCAUCGCCAUCCUAAGGAUCCGCUCUACCCAGGGGCGACGCAAGGCCAUUUCUACCUGCGGCUCCCACAUGGUGGCUGUUACUAUUUUCUAUGGCACCCUCAUCUUUAUGUACCUGCAGCCCAAAUCAAACCACUCCCUGGACACAGACAAAAUGGCUUCUGUAUUUUACACAGUGGUGAUCCCCAUGUUGAACCCCCUCAUCUAUAGUCUAAGGAACAAAGAGGUGAAAGAUGCCUCCAAAAAAGCCUUGGAUAAAGGGUGUGAAACCUUAAAGAUAUUAAAAUCAAGAAAAUAA